AUGGCCCCUGACCUCAACUCCCUUCCUCCUUCUCGAUCAUCGACGUCAUCCCCACUGCAGCAACGCAACUUGCCAUCAUCGACCAUGGAAGGACAGAACAAUAACAAUAACGGGACUUCACAAACAGCCUCACCGCGAUCUUCAAGCGCUGCGCCAAUGAAUAAUAACCAUAAUAAUACCACCGAUCUAUCCCACCGCUCGUCUCUCAGCGGCCAUCGCAGUUCCCCGCACAGUAGCAGACCUUCCAUCUCAGAAAGCCGUCGACGGUCUGGCAUCGGAAUGCAUCUGAAUUUGAACGAGCCACCUGGCGAGGCCCGUGAACAUCGCUCCUCGUCUUUCAGUAAUUACUUUCGUACCGCCAGUCCUGGAAGCUUGGGAGGUAGCCCGAUUAUUGGAACAGGCGACCCUCAUCAUCAGCGGGCGCCGUCGCUUGGAGAGUUGCAUCAGGAGCUUGAACAAGAGCAAGAAGCUCAGGUGACUCAUGCAUUUAAACUAACACCCUUGAAGAAUAGGCUACUCCAGAUGAUCCGGCAACAACAGCUUCAACUCCACCAACUACACCAGCAGCAGCAACAUCAACACGGCCAAGCCGCCGUCAUCGACGACACAACGCCAAGUUCAGAACGCUCCCAAUCAUUCCCUUCCAUACCGCCUCUUCCAACCCCCGGCUCUCGAUCCAUGCAAAUACCUUUAUCACAUUCUCACCGCCGUGGAUCUCGCGCAUCUGAAGCGGCUUCUCCUAAUCUUGCUGCCACGUCUACACAACAUACACCUGCAAUCGACCCCGCCCAUAGUAGCUUCAGCUCGGACUGGUCUGUUUUAGCGACUAACGACCCCGGGGCGGUUCCGACUACCACUGCCCGUCGUAACAGCAGGGACGAGAGCGCUUUCUAUCAGGCGGAAGCUGCUAUGCUCACCCGCGAGAAUCAGAUGCUGCGUAUGCGGAUAAGGGAGCUCGAGCGUCAACUUACCAGUUUAUCUUCGACAGAAAAUACCACUGCCUCUACAGCGGCUAGUGGAAGUACAAAUGUGGGCGGUGAAGCUGACGCGGCUGUUGUUUCGGAGGGAGCAGAAAAGACUUGA